AUGCCUAAGGUUCACCUUCUCGACUACGUGGCGGGCAACAUCCGCUCGCUGGUGAACGCCAUCGAAAAAUGCGGAUGGGAAGUGGAAUGGAUCCGGAGCCCUGAGGAUGUGCAGAAAGCAGAUAAAAUCAUUCUCCCCGGUGUCGGCCACUUUGGUCACUGCUUAACCUCUCUCUCCACGGCAGGCUACCUCCCCGCCAUCCAAUCCCACAUAGCCAGUGGAAAGCCGUUCUUCGGCAUCUGCGUGGGCCUCCAAGCGCUGUUCACCGGCUCAGAAGAGGCACCCGGUGUGUCUGGCCUGAAUCUCAUUCCUACGUCGCUUAAACGCUUCUCAGCCGAGAACGCCAACGGAUCGAAGAAGUCCGUGCCUUGUAUAGGCUGGAACGACGCUUCGACGCUGCACCAUGAACUAGACCAAAACCUCACCGCCGUCUCAGACAAAGGGAAGAGCUUUUAUGGGCUCAGCCAGGGAAGCAAGUAUUACUACGUGCACAGCUACUUUGCUCCCUACGUGCCUGGCGAGCUGGAGGCCGAUGGCUGGGUCGUCGCUACCGCCACCUACGGCGACGAAACCUACGUGGGAGCCAUCGGCAAAGGGAACGUGUUUGCGACCCAAUUCCACCCCGAGAAGUCCGGCGCCGCAGGGCUGAGAGUCAUCAAGGCAUUCCUCGAAGGCAACACCUGGUCGGAUCCCGUGAUUCCAUCCGUUCCAGGGACUAGCUCGAGAGCCAUCGGGAAGGCAGACGGCGGGAUGAACGGCCUUACCCGUCGCAUCAUCGCGUGUCUGGACGUGCGCACCAACGACCAGGGUGACCUCGUGGUGACCAAGGGCGACCAGUACGACGUGCGUGAGAAGUCGGCCACGUCGACCGCGGGGGCCGCCGGCCAGGUGCGCAACCUGGGCAAACCGGUCGACAUGGCACGGCGGUACUACGAACAGGGGGCCGACGAGGUGACAUUCCUCAACAUCACGAGCUUCCGCGACUGCCCGAUCACAGACCUGCCCAUGCUGGAGAUCCUGCGACGGACCAGCGAGACCGUCUUUGUCCCGCUCACCAUCGGCGGCGGCAUCCGCGACAUGACCGACCCGGCCACUGGCCAGCACGUCUCGGCCCUCGACGUCGCCAAGCUGUACUUCGCCUCCGGCGCCGACAAGGUGUCGAUCGGCUCCGACGCCGUGCUGGCCGCGGAGGACUACCACGCCGCCGGGCGCCGCCUGUCGGGCACGACCUCGAUCGAGACCAUCUCGGCCGCCUACGGCGCGCAGGCCGUGGUGGUGAGCGUGGACCCGAAGCGCAUCUUCGUGUCCUCCCCGUCCGAGACGGCCCACCACACCAUCCGCACGGCGUUCCCGGACGCCCAGGGACGUGAGCACGUGUGGUACGCGUGCACGAUCAAGGGCGGGCGCGAGACCCGCGACCUUGACGUCGUGCAGCUGUGCACGGCCGUGCAGGCCCUGGGCGCCGGCGAGAUCCUGCUCAACGCCAUCGACCGCGACGGCAGCAACCGCGGCUACGACCUCGAGCUGGUCGACAUGGUCAAGGCCGCUGUCGGCGUGCCCGUCAUCGCCUCCUCCGGCGCCGGUGUGCCGGAUCACUUCGAGGAGGUGUUCCGAAAGACCGGUGUGGAUGCCGCUUUGGGCGCUGGUAUGUUCCAUCGGGGUGAAUACACCGUUGCCCAAGUCAAGGAGCAUCUCGCCAGGCGGGCCUGCUGGUGCGGCCGUUUGAAGAGUUUUGAGAAAAUGGAACUCCCCCUGGAAUAG